AUGAUUAGAUUGAAUGUAACAAGAAACGAAAGCGCACCUGACAACGGAUAUAAUGCGAACAACGUGUAUAACUUCAACGGAGAGAGAAUGGGUCCGACCUUGAUAGUGAAUGUCAGCAGUUAUGUAGUCGUGGAUGUUUUCAAUUACCUGAAUACUUCAAACACUUCAGUCCACUGGCAUGGCAUGCACCAAUGGAACACUGGCUAUAUGGACGGUGUUGCAAACAUAACUCAAGAACCAACCAGACCUUCACAGACGUUUAGGCACGUGUUCAAAGCGUGGCCAGCUGGGACACAUUGGUAUCACUCACACGUGGGAUAUCAACGAGAUAAAGGACUUUUUGGUGCCUUCAUUGUAAAGCCGGAUAUUCAAGAUUAUAAAGACAUUAUAGACGAACCAUAUGAAAACGUCAUUGUAAUACGAGAGCAUGUAUUAUCUAACGCUUCUAGAAGCGAGGGAGUUCCAAAUAUUUGUCAACCAGAUAACUCUCUCUUUUAUAUGGACAACGGAGAAAUCAAAUUCAUUCGCAUCAAUGAACAAAACCUGGACAGCACUUUAAAUUUCAAUGAAACUAAAUUCACGCCCGUGUUUAACGUCACUACAAAUAAACGAUAUCGGUUCCGUGUUAUAGGUGCUAUGUUUUUGCAUGCUUUUCGUUUGUCUAUCGACGGGCAUAAAUUGAAUAUUCUCGCGACGGAUGGGUAUUCGUCACUGAAAAAAACCGUUGAUUUUUUAAUUAUUCAUAUUGGGGAACGAUACGACAUCGAGGUGAUUCCUGCUGAAGGUACGAAUCCAAAGCCUUGUGAUGCAUAUCCAAUCCGAAUAGAAUCGAUUGCAGUGAAGUGCAGCAAUGGUGAAAGCUACAAAGGUUACGCUUAUCUUCAAUACACUGUCCACAGUAACUUAUGCAAAAAGUUCAAAUUGGUCAAUGUAUACAACCAAGGUAGGCGGUGUGAUGAGAAAACUUGCACGGCCAUCAACUGUCCUUUCAAACAUUAUCCUUUUCACAAUAUCACAUGUGAGCUCGUGAACAAUUUGCAACUUCUUCAUGAAACACCCAAUGAUGAAAUGCCCAGCAAAGAUGAAAAUUCGAUCGAUGAAUAUUUCUUCAACUUCAACCUUGUGCAAGAACCAAGGAUAAAUGGUGUUAAAUUUGCUCUUCCUUCAAAACCCUUCAUUCACCCAAAUAUUAGUAAACCUACACCGAAUGAAUGUAAAUACAGGAAUUUCAACUCGAGUAGAAAUUGCACUAAUGAUUGUGCGCAUUCUGUCUACGUUGGUCGUGCCCCUGAAAGCGGAAAUCCCAGAACGAUCCGAUUCAUACUUACUGCAAUGGGUGUUAAAGAAUCUACUGUUUUUGGGGAUUCAAAUCACCCGAUUCACCUUCAUGGUCAUUCUUUCUUUGUAACAAAGAUAGGAUAUCCAAGUUUAUACAAAAAUGGCACCAUUAAAAAAGCGAAUAGUGAUGUCACAAUUGAAAAGUGUGGGCCUGGACAUUGGACAAAUGGAAAACGACCAUCAGAUCUAGAUAGCAACAAAACCACAAUACGUAAAGAUGUGAUAAUAGUACCAGCAGGAGGAUAUGUUGUGAUAGAGUUUCUGGCUAAGAACCCAGGAUGGUGGUUCAUGCAUUGUCAUAUAGACUACCAUUUGAAUGAUGGAAUGGCUAUAGCUGUUGGUGAAUUGACUGAAUGUCAAGUCCCGUUUCACUGUCGUUUUCCCACCGAAGAACCUUUCGACUAUGAAUUUAGUACAACGGUCUUAAAAGCAUACGAGAACCUUAAUGGUUGCCCAAUCAAGUCAAUCGAAUCAAAUAAACGUGGAGAGAAAGCUGAAGAUGAAACCCACUCAUCAGUAGUUGCAGUUGAAGAGAAAUCCUUUCACCAACGAAAUGAAAAGCAUUUGCAUAAUUUGCGGCAACAAAUGCUGAAAUUAAUUAAAAAUUUCGCCAAUCCUCAGUAG